GACAGUAUAAUUCCACACAGAGACACUUAAACUAAAUCUACACACAUAUAUAUGUUCAUAUCCAAAUUGACACUCCCAUAUCACUAGACUUCUUCCUGGCAAAGUUUCACAAGUUCCUGCUGCUGUUUCUAACGACUAAAACUUCCAAAUUAUUCCUGAGAUAGGAAAUCGAAAUCCAACAAGCAAAUCAGACAUGGAUAUUCAUAAGAUUAUUGAGAAAAUUGAUGGAGGGGACAUAGAAGGUGCCAAAAACUUGAUAAAGAAAUAUUCAGAUGUAGUUAACCAAACAAAUUCAUGGGGCAAAACUUAUAUGAUGGCCGCUUCCGAAUAUGGCAACAGAGAUUUAAUAGACUUGUUGAUUGAAGCUGGGGCCGGUUUGGACACAAGCGACAAAAUAAAUGGCUAUACUGCCUUACACUACGCUGUGGAGAAGCGUCAACGUGAUGCCGUGGCCAGCAUGAUAUCCUGGGGUGUCGAUGUCAACAAGCGGGACAUAUUUGGCGACACGCCCCUCCAUUUGGCCGCAAGGAAGAGAGACGAAUGGAAAGACGGGGUUUCAGCCUUAUUGACCCCAGGAAAGAGCAGGCUGCAAAUCAAUCAAAAAAACAACAUUGGUCGCACACCUCUGCAUCUGGCUUGUUCCUGGGGACGCACAGACACUGUCCGCCUCUUCUUGAGUCACACAGAGAUAGAUGUCAAUGUGAUGGACAAUUCUGAUGACACACCUUUACACCGGGCAGUUCAAGAGAAACGCUGUGAAGUGGUGACUUUGCUGCUUACCCAGGACGCAGUAAAACUGAAUAUCAAGAACCGUAAGAAAAUGACCCCGUUACUCGAAGCUGUCUCCGGGGGUCACCUCGGGAUGAUUCGCCAGCUUCUAGCCAGAGGAGCAGACGUAAAUGCUGUUGAUAGAAAUGGCAAUAACUGUCUGCACCUCGCUGUGGAGAAAGAGGUGUUUCAUUCCGAGGGUGAAACCCUAAGCAUUUUAGACGAGUGUUGCAUUGAACUCAAACUGAACGAGGAAAACAGGCUCUCUGGCAUAGUGGUUGCCAGUUAUCUAGCUCACCAGGGAGCCAGCUUUUACCAUAUUAACAACAAGAAGAAAACCCCUUUGGAUCUCAUCAAAAAUCGAAACUUAAAGGAAAACUUACAAACUUUUUUACUAUCACAGUUACCAUGUCUGUUUUGCGAAGACAAAGAGGCGACCGUCACCUUCCAUCCAUGCGGACACUGUGUGCUGUGUUUGGAAUGCUGUCCAAAACAUCUACCAAAGCGAUGCCUCAAGUGCCGGCAACCUGUAUCUGGCAGAAGUGGAUUUGAUGGUCCAAAGUUGUCUGACAAGGCAGUUCAAACAGUGGCAGAGCCAGAUGAAAUAUUCAUUUCAGAGAUUCCAAAGCCUGUGAAGAAGCCCCUGAAGAAAUCGCAGAGUAUAGAGAGUUCAAACCUGGAGGAGAAUCAUCUUCUGAGGGUGGCUAAGAAUUUAGGAAGUAACUGGUGGCAAGUGGGUAUUUUCUUGGAAAUUAAAUACAACCAACUGGAUAUCAUCAAGAGUAACAAUGUCAACAACACUGAAGAACAGGGCUUCCAGAUGCUUCACAAAUGGUUUACGAGCUGUGAUCCGGAGAAGCGUACACUCAGAACACUAAGGGACGCUCUUAGAGAAGCUGAGUGUUUUGCUGCACUCCAGUGUCUACCAUCAGACACAGAGCGUGUUUCUGGGAUCUUUUCCAUUUGAGCGGCAGUUUUUUCUAGCAGUGUCAUAUGAAAUUGUCACCCAUAAUUAUGACCCUAGUAUCGAUCUAUUGCAUUUCAAUCUGUUUUAGGGUUAGGGUUAGGGGGAAGGGUAUCU